AUGCUCCGAACCAUCGCCCGAACCCACGCUGUGGCCGCCACCAAGGUCGUGCGAGCCUCCACUUUUUCUGCCACCCCCGCCGCCUCUUUUGUGCGAUUCCAGUCCGUCUGGGCCAAGGUCCCCCAGGGUCCCCCCGACGCCAUUCUCGGAAUCACCGAGGCGUUCAAGAAGGACGCCUUUGAGCAGAAGAUCAACCUCGGUGUUGGCGCCUACCGAGAUGACGGCGGAAAGCCCUUCGUUCUUCCCUCCGUCCGAGAGGCCGAGAAGGAGGUGGUGAACAAGGCCCUCGACAAGGAGUACGCCCCCAUCACCGGAGUCCCCGCCUUCACCAAGGCUGCUGCCGAGCUCGCUUACGGCGCCGACUCCCCCGCCGUCCUCGAGGACCGAAUUGCCAUCACCCAGACCAUCUCCGGUACCGGUGCUCUGCGAAUCGGAGCCGAGUUCCUCAACAAGUUCUACUCCUCCAAGAAGAUUCUGCUCCCCCAGCCUUCUUGGGCUAACCACAAGGCCGUUUUCACCGCCGCCGGCCUCGAGCCCGCCACCUACCGGUACUACGACCCCAAGAACAUUGCCCUCGACUUUGAGGGUCUGCUCGCCGACCUGGAGGCUGCCCCCAACGGAACCGCCGUCCUUCUGCACGCCUGUGCCCACAACCCCACCGGUGUUGACCCCACUCCCGAGCAGUGGCGAAAGAUUGAGGAGGUCGUCAAGGCCAAGGGCCACUUCCCCUUCUUCGACAUGGCCUACCAGGGCUUUGCCACCGGUGACGUCAACCGAGACGCCUACCCCAUCCGAUACUUUGUCGAGCAGGGCCACGAGGUUGCUCUGUGCCAGUCCUUCGCCAAGAACAUGGGUCUUUACGGUGAGCGAGUCGGUGCUUUCUCUCUUGUCUGCCAGGACACCGCCGAGAAGAACCGAGUUGACUCUCAGCUGAAGAUUAUCAUCCGACCCUUCUACUCCAACCCCCCCGUCCACGGUGCCCGAAUCGCCGCCACCAUCCUCAACAACCCCGAGCUCAAGAAGCAGUGGCUCGGUGAGGUCAAGCAGAUGGCCGACCGAAUGAUCAAGAUGCGAGCUCUGCUCAAGGAGAACCUCGAGAGACUUGGCUCCCAGCAGAACUGGGACCACGUCACCUCUCAGAUUGGUAUGUUCUGCUACACCGGUCUGUCUCCUGAGCAGGUUGAGCGACUUGCCAAGGAGUUCUCCGUCUACGGAACCAAGGACGGCCGAAUCUCCAUUGCCGGAAUCACCUCUCAGAACGUCGGCCGACUGGCCCAGGCUAUCUACGAGGUGACCAAAUAG